GAGGGCACGGGAUGAUGCAACGGCCACGGCUGAUCAUGAAUGCUGGGAUGCCACGGGUCAUGAAGCCUCGUGGGAUUCCACGAAGGAGGAGGAACCAUGGUGGGUUAAGGAAGAGAAAACGGAGGAGGUUGAGCAGUGGGGGUGGAAGAAGUGGAAGGGCCAGCAAGGGCAGCAGUGGUGGUGCAAGAAGGAGCAGCAUGAUGUGAAGAAAGAAUGGCAUGAUGAGAAGGGGUGGGCGGCUCCGUGGAACAGGGGCACAAAACGGCCUUGGGCCCACGACGACGAGUCCAGCACCGCGGCGAGCAGUGGUUCGAAGCCUCGCAAGGGCUACUACUUGCCGAACGGCGGUGGCUAUGUCGACGAGCGGGGCAAGAAGGAGCAGCACAAGCGGCGCUCCAGAGAGCACACCGCCACGCUGCAGAGCGCGGUGAAGGGGAUGAGCCAGAUGGCGGAGGUUGUGCACAUGCAGAUGACUAG